CUCCCACUCUUCAUUCUGCUUCUCUUCCUCCUCUAAAUUCCUAUCUACUCGGCCCGCCGGCAGUAUAUAUAUAUAAAUGGAAAACCAGGUGGGUGGUCGUCGUAGGCCGGAAAGCGCGAUCCAGGAGCUCCUGAGAGGACAGGAAUUCACCUGCCAACUGAAGCUGCUCCUAACCGUUGAUUCCAGCCAAUCAUUCCUUGCCCGCAAAGGCGGAUGCGCUCAAGACCUGGUCGGAAAGAUCUUGUCCACAUUCACUCACACCAUCUCGCUCCUCAACACUGCCACUGCUACAAUUCCCAAUGUCGACUCCUCCGAUCAGCUCUCUCAACUCUCUCAGCUGGCUGGGCCCCGCAAGUCGUCCGACAUCUCCACCGCCGAAACUAGCACAAAGAAAAGGAAGACAGCCGCAACAUCCCAGGAAUCGUGGGUAAAAGAGAGCCCGACCGUGGACGACGACGGGCACGCGUGGAGGAAGUACGGGCAGAAGACCAUUCUCAACUCCGACUUCUCCAGGCACUACUACAGGUGUACUUACAAGUUGGACCACAACUGCCCGGCCACAAAGCAGGUCCAAAUGAUCCAAACCCGGCCCAGCCCGCUCUACCGAACCACCUACUCGGCCCACCACACCUGCACCCACUUCCGUACCUUCCACCGUCCUUCUCACCAACACUUCCUGCUGGACCCCGUCGAUGAUGAUUCGUCCAACCGCACCAACAUCAUCAGCUUCAGCAACGGCAAAAACGUUGCUACCCCGUUUCUCACCUCAUUCGCCGCAUCAUCAUCUGCUCCUCCGGUUGUGAGGCGGCAGCAAACGUCCUCGUCGUCGAGCUGUGAUCAUCAAACGGCCCAAGACCGACCAGCGGCGUGCUCUGAGGGCGUCGACGACUACGACGUGUUCUCCUCGCUUGUUGAUGGCGACUUUGAUCAAGAGUUGUCAGCUGCAAUAUUUCAUGACAACUGCGACAGCAGCAGCAGUGCUUUUAUGCGGAUGAUGAUGAUGAUGCAUUCCGGUGAUGACCUUGGGGGCUUCUUGGUUUAAUUUAAUAAUGCCCCUGAAGGCUACAGUACUUAGCGACUUUUCAUUCCAACUUGUAGAAGACAUAAAUACAUACAGCUGUUUAUGUAGAGUUAGAUGCAGCGGUGUCAUUUUAAGUACGGCGAGGUUGCACGAUGACGAGCUAAAUUGUUUAUGUUAGCAACUAAAAUAUAUUAGUUAAAUUUCA